CGCGUGUCGUGCACUGGCAGUGAUUUGAUCCACCAUCUUCAGUUGCGGGGAUGAAUGCGGAAUCACUCCAUCAUUUUAGCAUCAACCCCAAAGGGCUAAAGAAUGAUCGUUGUUCGUUCUCCCUCGCAUUUUACAACCAUACAUUAUAUAUUUCUACUUUAUGAACCGGUCCACGCAGCCCAUACAACAGGUGCAGAAAGACUGCGGUUGACUCCGACCGUGUUGCCUGCUGUCGUGGCAGCCGCAUCUUGCGGUCCUUCCCAACCUACACACAUCGCUCCUCAGUCAAACACAACCUCUCCUCAGCUUUCCCUCAUGGAGCUCACAUAACUUCAUCCUAUCUACACGUCCCCUAUCUUACCCAAUAUGGUAGACAUACCUUCCGACGUGAGUUCGGCAGGGUCCGUUUCCAGCAAGCGCCCGCCUCGAGUACACGUGAAUCCUACUGCUCCCAACCUCACCUCCGAAAAGCCGGGCCAUCACAAUGGCAACUCGUUCAGGGAACGAGGGGUCUCGAGGACGGAGAAGGAUGAUGACGAAGAGGAGGAGGAUGAUGUUGACGCCCUAAUCGAAGAACUGGAGUCCCUGGAUCCUGAGGCCGAAAUGGAAGACGAGAUUGAAACGGUGGGAGGGCCAAGGACUGUCCCGGAAGAAUUACUUCAAACCGACCCGCGUGUGGGCUUAAUAGAACCAGAGGUGGUUGCCAGGCGGAAAAAAUACGGCCUCAACCAGAUGAAAGAGGAAAAAGAGAACCUGCUCUUGAAAUUCCUCGGGUAUUUCGUUGGUCCGAUUCAAUUCGUCAUGGAGGCUGCUGCAAUCCUCGCCGCUGGUUUGGAAGACUGGGUUGACUUCGGAGUGAUUUGCGCGCUUCUCCUCCUCAAUGCCACUGUUGGCUUCGUGCAAGAGUUUCAAGCAGGGUCAAUUGUGGAGGAGCUCAAAAAGACCCUCGCUCUAAAGGCUGUCGUCCUGAGAGAAGGACGUCUCGUUGAGAUUGAGGCUCCAAUGGUGGUCCCUGGGGAUAUUCUGCAGCUCGAAGAAGGCACAAUCAUUCCCGCCGAUGGCCGCAUCGUGACCGAAGAUGCCUAUCUACAAGUCGAUCAAUCUUCCAUCACCGGCGAGUCUCUUGCCGUCGACAAGACCCUUGGGGACACUUGCUACGCUUCUUCCGCGGUCAAGCGAGGAUCCUGCUUCAUGAUCGUUACGGCGACUGGAGACAACACCUUUGUUGGCCGAGCGGCAGCCUUGGUCAAUGAGGCAUCGGGCGGCUCAGGUCAUUUCACCGAAGUCUUGAACGGAAUCGGCACUGUCCUCCUUGCCCUAGUCGUCUUCACACUCUUGGUUGUCUGGAUUUCCUCUUUCUAUCGAUCCAACGGUAUUGUCACCAUACUCCGAUUUACUUUAGCUGUUACAAUCAUUGGCGUGCCCGUCGGUCUCCCUGCCGUCGUCACCACCACUAUGGCUGUUGGUGCGGCCUAUCUCGCAAAGAAGAAGGCGAUAGUCCAAAAGCUGUCUGCUAUUGAGUCGCUGGCAGGCGUGGAGAUCCUCUGCACAGACAAGACCGGUACUUUGACGAAGAACAAGCUUUCCCUGCAUGAACCGUACACCGUUCAAGGCGUUGACCCGGAGGAUCUCAUGCUGACGGCAUGUUUGGCUGCUUCGAGAAAGAGGAAGGGCAUGGAUGCCAUCGAUAAGGCUUUUUUCAAGGCACUUCGGUACUAUCCACGGGCAAAGCAGGCCUUGUCCAAGUACAAAGUCCUCCAGUUCUAUCCUUUUGAUCCCGUGUCAAAGAAGGUCAGCGCUGUUGUCGAAUCACCUCAGGGUGAACGCAUAAUCUGCGUCAAGGGUGCUCCUCUUUUCGUCCUCCGGACGGUUGAAGAGGACAACCAAAUCCCCGAAGACAUUGAGGUUGCAUACAAAAACAAGGUCGCAGAGUUCGCAACUAGAGGUUUCCGAUCUUUGGGUGUUGCACGGAAGCGAGGCGACAACUCCUGGGAGAUCCUGGGGAUCAUGCCGUGUGCGGACCCGCCUCGACAUGAUACCGCAAAGACGAUCAACGAGGCGAAGUCGCUGGGUCUCUCGAUCAAAAUGCUAACGGGCGAUGCUGUCGGCAUUGCGCGGGAGACUUCACGACAACUAGGACUCGGCACGAACGUUUUCAACGCUGAACGUCUCGGGCUCGCCGGAGGCGGAACAAUGCCUGGUUCCGAAGUAUAUGAUUUCGUCGAAGCCGCUGAUGGGUUUGCUGAAGUUUUCCCGCAACACAAAUACAACGUGGUAGAGAUUCUGCAGCAGCGAGGCUACCUUGUGGCUAUGACAGGGGACGGUGUCAAUGAUGCUCCGUCUCUCAAGAAGGCAGACACUGGGAUCGCUGUGGAAGGGGCUUCUGACGCAGCCCGAUCCGCCGCUGACAUAGUCUUCCUCGCUCCCGGCCUUUCAGCAAUCAUCGACGCAUUGAAGACAUCCCGACAGAUAUUCCACCGGAUGUAUGCCUACGUUGUUUACCGCAUUGCACUGUCUCUGCACUUGGAGAUCUUCCUGGGUUUGUGGAUCGCCAUCCUAAACAGGUCGCUGAACCUCAAGUUGGUGGUAUUUAUCGCGAUUUUUGCCGAUAUUGCAACACUCGCAAUUGCGUACGACAACGCUCCCUAUUCGAAGACGCCCGUCAAGUGGAAUCUACCCAAACUUUGGGGCAUGUCCAUUCUUCUGGGGUUGGUGCUGGCUGCAGGGACCUGGGUCGCAUUGACGACCAUGAUUGUUGGGGGCGAAAAUGGCGGUAUUGUGCAAAAUUUCGGCCAUACUGACGCUGUAUUGUUUCUUCAAAUCUCCCUAUCGGAGAAUUGGCUGAUCUUCAUUACCCGUGCAAAUGGACCGUUCUGGUCCAGUAUUCCUUCUUGGCAACUUACCGGAGCAAUCCUGCUUGUUGACAUCCUCGCCACAUUCUUCUGUCUCUUUGGAUGGUUCGUGGGCGGCCAUCAAACCAGCAUCGUUGCCGUGGUGCGGAUCUGGCUGUACUCAUUCGGGGUCUUUUGUGUCAUGGCUGGAGUUUAUUACCUGCUCCAAGACAGCGUGACGUUUGAUGAUAUUGUGCAUGGAAGAAGAUCAAGAAGUAAUAAGGUACUGAAGAAGAGGGACAUGGAGGAUUUUCUUGUGUCGUUGAACCGCGUGUCCACCCAGCAUGAGAAGGUUGCCUGAUCAAAGGCAAUCGUAUUGCUAGUGGCUGGUUCCACGCAGACAGCGACGACAGGAAGUCCAGCAAGUCUACCCAUCUCACAGAUCAACUCUCAGACCUUGAAUGGGAGAUCUCUUCGCCGCAGUACUACAAGAUCUAGAGCUUCUGUUGUACAACGGCUAUGACAGGCGUGGUCAUGAUGAGUACAAAGUCAUGGAGCCCAAGUUUUGCCCCAAUGACCCCAUCAGACAAGGCCCCCACAGCCAUAAGAAAAGGAUCGCUGGGAUGCUGGCGCGCCCAGCUACCCCGAGUCAUCUUGAAGCUGAGGCCGGAUCGGGUCUAGCCUGAAGCGAUCAGAAUAUGGCCAGGACGGUUCUUCGACCGAAGAUGAGUGGGAAGCUAUGCGGCCUAGAUCGCCAGCCAGGGAACGGACAGGAUGUUCGGAUUGAUGCUGAUGCCGAACAUGAUAUUGAUACCCCAAUUACAUGAUAUUUUUCCGUGCAACUAACCAUACGAUACCAUCUGGUUCGAACUUCUGGGUUUUGGAACUCGCAAUGGCGUUGUUAAUUUAUGAAUUGAUAUUCUACCCCUUGCGGUUGCUGGCAAGUUGUGAGACGAGCCCGGGUGAGUGGCUGCGUACUGAUACUAGUAUUGGAGAAAGAAGCGAAACAAGCAACAGCUGGGAUGCUGUGGGAGGAACGUUUGCUUACGUCUUAUGAGGAGGACACAAGACUACCUAGAGUAGAUGGAUAGCCUUGUCAGGCAAGAUUUGCCUUUUGAUUGUUUGCCCUGUACCAACCAGCACCUAGUUUCCAAUCUCCAGUUGCCAUGCCACGAUUGCCAGUAGAGGAUCUCUUUGUCUUCGCAAAGGAUCAUAUAAAUAUAUCCUCCGGUCUAUGUGCAGCC